AUGUCCUUUAUCGGAGAGAGACGGGAAGGCAGCGUGCAGGAACAUUUUGACUUUCAUAGGGACCCCUAUCGCAGGGGGUAUGCUCAGCCCGACGGCCCGAGUCUUCAAGUCUCCGACAAGCAGCAGGAUGUGCAAUAUCCAUCAAGGGAGCAGACAUUCAAAAUAAGCAACGAACUACAAGCGCACAUAUUAAAGCUGUACGCCGCUAUCGGGCAACGACUACGGCAUCCGAACCGAAUUGCGCUUGAAACAAUUUACAAACUCUACCGCCAGUUGCCAGAGCCGCGCAUGCUGUAUCUCACCUGGCAAUGGCGGAGCAGGCUUUUGAAAGUAAUGGGGACCCCCCCCAAAAGAGACAUGGAAUCCAUGUUGCGCUACUUUGCUCUGGUCGCGGAUGUCAAGAAUGCUGGUCUCACCUUGCGGCGUACACAAUGGAAUUUUGCCCUGGCCUUUGCAACCAAGUACGCAUCACGGCCCACGGGGCAAGAGAUGGAAUCGGCUCUCCGAUUAUGGCGAGAGAUGGAAAAGAAGGCCAAUGUCAUGGGCAACGAUGUUACGUUUAACAUUCUCUUCGAUGUGGCCGCCAAGGCAGGAAACUUUGCGCUUGCCGACAUGAUUUACAAAGAAAUGGAGAGCCGAGGAAUCGAGUUUAACCGAUACCACCAUGUCAGUCUCAUCCAUUACUUUGGACUGCGACUCGACUCUGGCGGUGUUCGAGCUGCCUACAAGGAAACGGUGGACUCUGGAGAAAUGAUAGACUCCACUGUCUUGAAUUGCGUCAUAUCCGGGCUCUUGCGGUGUGGAGAGGAGGCUGCAGCCGAGGAAACCUACGAGCAAAUGAAAAAAUCCCACAAUCUGGCAACGAACAUGCCUCAGAGAGACUACAUGAUGAACAAAGUCGUCACCAGAGUCUUGAUGAUGUUUUCCAAGGUCGGGAAGCAGCAUCCCCAACUCAAGGAGUCUCUCCAGACCAACAUUCGACUGGCGCCGGACCAGCAUACGUACAAGCUCCUGAUCCAACAUUAUGCCAUUCGAGUUGGGAACUUGGCAAAAGUGGCACAAUAUCUCGACGAGAUGAAGCGAUUCAAUAUUUCAGUACAUCCUACCAUUUUUCUUGCCUUGUUCAAGGGAUUCUAUCUCCAUGGUGGCUUUCCGAACUCAGAUUGGAGCGAGCAGCGUUUGACUGCAGUUUUGACGUCGCUGUACCAAGCCAAGACCGUCCAAGAGGAAGCAUUCCGCAUUGAACAGUGGCUUGUCAUUUGGGCUUUGAGAGCUACGAAAAAAUGCUCGUCGAAUGAAGCAGUCCUCGAGACCUUUGGCACCUUGGCUCAGUGUUGGGAUAUCAAAGGCGAACGGCAGCAAUUCUUGCAUGCCAUUGUGGAAAAUAUUUUGCAGGACAAAGACAACAAGUCCAUGUUAUGA